CCGUGAAUAAGGUCCGUCGGUCGGCGAGUAUUUUCAGUUACGUAAUUAUUUUAACUGUGACUGAAAUUUAGAGUUGUCAAAUUUCGUCAUAUGUUUUCAUUUCUGAAAGUAAUUUUCAUUUAACUUAAUUCUUUCUCGUAAAGUUUCUGAAACUGCGUUCACUUUCCGUUACAUAAUUUUUAGCUUUCUAGACUGUCUAAAAUGGGGACCAUUUUUACUCCAACAAACCAAAUAAGAUUGACAAAUGUUGCCGUUGUUCGUAUGAAAAAGGGGGGUAAACGAUUUGAAAUUGCCUGCUACAAAAACAAAGUUAUGUCUUGGAGAAACAAAGUGGAAAAAGAUAUUGAUGAAGUGUUACAAACUCAUGUGGUUUUUACUAAUGUAUCGAAAGGUCAAGUUGCUAAAAAAGAAGAUUUAAUGAAAUGUUUUGCUAAAGAUAACCAAACUGAAAUAUGUGAAGAGAUUUUAUCAAAAGGUGAAUUGCAAAUUUCUGAGAAAGAAAGACAAGUACAAUUAGAAUCAAUGUUCAAAGACAUUGCUACCAUAGUUGCUGAUAAAUGCAUCAAUCCAGACACGAAAAGACCGUAUCCUGUUAGUAUCAUCGAGAAAUCUAUGAAAGAAGUUCACAUAUCACUGAAACCCAAUCGAAAUUCGAAACAACAGUCUCUUGAAGUCAUAAAGAAAUUGCAGGAAGUUAUGCCAAUUGAACGUUCACAAAUGAAAUUAAGAGUCUCUAUCCCAGGCGGUAAAGCAUAUAGAAAUAAGUUAAAGGAGCUUGCAUCUAGUAUAGAAUCACAAAACAUGGAUGAAGGAAAUCUACAGAUGGUAUUUCUUAUUGAUCCAGGGAAUUUCAGAAAGGUAGAUGAAAUUGUCACCAAUGAAACUAAAGGCAAAGGACAGUUAGAAGUGAUAAGCUUAAAAGAAAUGCAAGAAGGUGAUGAAAUGCUGGAAUGAUUCGUCUGUCAAGAAUUUUUACAUUAGACAUGCUUAAUAAAUAUUGUAUAUUUAUAUAUGUCAUAUUGUGUGAUGCUACUUUGUAGCAUGAGUUUGUGUGUUAAGUUUAGUGUUGAAUUAAAUUAAAAUUUUGU